CCCAGCAGCCCUGCCCCCGAGCGGCACCAGUGGCGAAGGAGCUGCGGGAAGCAGCUCCCCACGGACGCCCGAGCCGGCCCGCGGGGCCGAGCCGCGCCGACUGCAACUCCCGGCGUGCAGCGCAGCACCUGCGCCCGCUCUGAUUGGCUGCUCCCGCCGCCCUCCCCCGCUGACGGCGAGAGGCUGCGAGCAGAGCCGGAGCCCCUCGGGCUGUGGGUGGCAGUCGCAUGGCGGCGGCGUGGGGACGGCUCCUGCGGGGGCCGCUGGCGGCAGCGCUGAGCCGCGCUUGCAGCACCGGUGCGCCUGUCAGGGCUCCUUCCGCUGCAGCUCAGGAGGUGCAAAGCUCAGGAAGAGGACGCUUCCUGCUGGAACAUGCUGCUCCCUUCUCUGCGUUUUUGACAGACAGCUUUGGGCGUCAGCACAAUUACUUGCGAAUUUCUUUGACUGAGAAGUGCAACCUCAGGUGUCAGUAUUGUAUGCCAGAGGAAGGUGUUCAGCUGACCCCUAAAUCAGAACUACUUACUGCUCAGGAAAUAAUCACCCUAGCCAGACUCUUUGUGAAAGAAGGUGUAGAAAAAAUUCGACUGACGGGAGGAGAGCCACUUAUCCGUCCUGAUGUGGUUGAUAUUGUGGGUCAGCUGUACAAGCUAGAAGGUCUGAAAACCAUUGCUGUCACAACAAAUGGGAUCAACUUAACCAGAAUGCUGCCUCGAUUGAAGGAGGCAGGACUGAAUGCCAUUAACAUUAGCCUGGAUACUUUGGUCCCAGCCAAAUUUGAGUUCAUUGUCAGGAGGAAAGGCUUUCACAAAGUAAUGGAAGGGAUCUACAAAGCCACCGAACUUGGCUACCGUCCUGUUAAGGUGAACUGUGUGGUGAUGCGAGGCACCAAUGAGGAUGAGCUGGUGGACUUUGUGGAGUUGACGAAGGACCUGCCCCUUGAUGUGCGGUUCAUAGAGUACAUGCCCUUUGAUGGCAAUAAAUGGAAUUUCAGGAAGAUGGUAAGCUACAAAGAAAUGCUUGAUACAAUUAAACAGCAAUGGCCUGAACUGCUGAAAUUGCCCUGUGAAACUUCCAGCACAGCCAAGAGUUAUAAGGUGCCACAUUUCCAGGGCCAAAUCAGCUUCAUCACCUCCAUGUCAGAGCACUUCUGUGGAUCCUGCAAUCGACUGAGGAUAACAGCAGAUGGGAACUUAAAGGUGUGCCUUUUUGGGAAUUCAGAAGUGUCCUUGAGAGAUCACCUACGUUCAGGUGCCUCAGAGGAAGAGCUGGUUCAAAUCAUUGGAGCAGCAGUGGGCAGAAAAAAGAAGCAGCAUGCUGGCAUGUUUAACAUUUCCCAGAUGAAAAACCGGCCAAUGAUCCUGAUUGAGCCUGCACUGAUGUCAUUCCUGCGUUGCCAAGACGCCCCCCAGAAUCACCCAAAUUCAGAACGGUGGGGCCACACCUUUAGCCAUGGGCUGACAUUGAGACCAGGUUUACCUAAACAAAUGGGGAAAGCAUUCAUGAAAAAGAAACGUACAGGACAACUUUUCCUGCCAAGAUCUCACCCAAAGCAGCAGUGGUCCACAAAAACAGGAAUUCUACAAACCCAUCUCAGAAACUUCUGUGUCUUCCAGAAGGACCCAGACUCCACAUUUGACACAAAGUGCCUUGAGGCUUUUGCUGUUGGCAGAGUUUCUGUUUCCAAAGAGGAGGGUCCAGGGUCUGAACUCUGUACCAGGGAUUCAGGCUCUUGCACCAAGGUACCUCGUGCCUCUGACAGCUUGACUCACACUGAUGAGGAAGGACGGGCUGCAAUGGUUGAUGUUGGAGGGAAGCCAGAUUCAAGAAGAAGUGCUGUUGCCUGUGCUGUCGUCAGCCUGGGUGAGAAGGCAUUUGGAAUGGUGAGGCAGAACCAGGUGAAGAAAGGGGAUGUGCUGGCAGUAGCCCAGAUUGCAGGAAUUCAAGGAGCCAAGCUAACCAGCCAGUUGAUCCCGUUGUGUCACAACAUCCCCCUCAAUCAUGUUGAGGUGUCUCUGAGCCUGGAUGAGACCAGAUUUGCAGUGGUGAUUCGCAGCUCCUGUCAGACAUGGGGGAGGACAGGUGUGGAGAUGGAAGCUCUAACAGCUGCCAGCCUGGCUGCUCUGACUGUGUAUGACAUGUGCAAAGCAGUUACUCAGAACAUUGUGAUUGAAGAGGUGAAGUUGCUUAGUAAGACAGGUGGGCAGAGAGGAGACUUCUUGAGGAUCUAGAUCAUAUUCAGAUACCUCUAGCCCUCCAGGUGACCACUGUUCAUGCUCAGCCUCUUAGGGAAUUACUUUAGUCCAGCUGGUAGGCUUGGAGACGUCAGCAAACAUACCAUGCAACAACGCUGCAACUCCACUUUUCCUUUCCCUGUUAGCUUACUGCUGGGUGAGCAGUGGAGUCAUUUAUCCCUGUUGAUAACCAUGUGUAUAUUUUAGAGGACAGAUUUCUCCACUCUGCCAAUACCUUAAUUUCAGUGUCCUCACCAUGAGCUUCAGCAAAUGUUGCUAGUUGUGCCACAGAGCUGGUAAGCUUUUGCCUCUUAAGUACUCACAGCUCUGGAAAUGAAGCAAAUGCAGUCAUUUGGCCACUAUUUUUAAGCAAGAAUUAAGAUUGCAGAAUUUUGACUGGCAGUCUGUCCUCACAACCUCUGUAGUUGGGAGGUGGUGACAGUGGAAAGAACACAGAUUGAGAAUAUUACCAUAUGGCAGAGAUUUAAUGGCAAAACUGAUGUAGGUGAUCCUGCUCUGGCAGGGGCACUGAACUAGAUGAUGUUUUGAGGUCUUGUCCAGCCCCUAACAUUGUCUGAUUCUGUGGAACGCCCAGGGUCGGAGGGGCAGCUCCCAUCCCUCUGUAUUGUUACUGUUUCAUUUACCUGCAGGUGGGAAUCACGCAUCUCAGUUUCAAAAUAAAAGCAAGAGGGCAGCUGCCCAGUUAUUUGCAAAA